AUGACAAACGCGGCCACAGUUUCCGAUUUAAAUGGUUCAUCCAAACUGUUAGUACCUGGCAGAGCUACGGCUGCUACUAAUAUUCCUCAAGGUGCGACGUCGGCACCGAUACAACCCCAAUUUCUUAUUGGAAAUCCCGACGUAGUUCAGAUAAUGGUUGGAAUAAAUGGUAGCAAAAUGUUGGAUUUAAAUGAUUCUUCUGAACACGUAUGGUCCAAAGACGUUCACUGGGUUAGAGCAAUACGGAUAUCAGAAGAUUGUCACAGCUAUAACGUUCAAUUGAGACUGAAACGUUCGACCAAGGGAGAAAACCCAAGUUUGACGUUACAAGCUGUACGGUCAAUAGCAAUCGGAGAAGAGUUAUUGCUAUGGUUCUCUGAAGAAAUCCUGACCCUAUUACAGAUGGUUUUCCUUACACCGGCGAACAUACAAGGGCAGAAAAGGUACAUCUGUACACGAUGUUCCGCUCUGUACGAGUCCCCAAAUCCCCUUAAACUACAUUUAGCUUUAGGUUGUGAGAGGCAGUCAAUUUGCGAUUUAUGGAAGAAAUUGGCGAAUUUAGUUACUCAAAGUGACUCGAUAAACCCACCACCAAAAUCUUUCAGUGCGUUCUCAUUCAAACUGACCACAAAUCCUAAACAGAAGAGUGCAAUGGAUCUAUCCAGAACAGUUUCCCCUACCGAUAUAAAACGACCCACUAGUCAUCCAUCGAAAUUAAGCGAUUGCACCAAUUCACUAUCGACAGAAGACGACAAGAUAUUAUAUCGACCAUAUUCAGAGCCACCCACCACUCAUACAUCAGCAUUUAAACCAUUUCACAAGAUGACCUUUAACGAUAGCUUAAACACACCGUAUUCGAUUUGGCCAAAUUUCACAUUCAAUCCAUCAUAUCAUUCGCCCGACGCCAUUUUAAUCAACAACGCUCAGAGUGACGAAUCACAAAUGGAAACACUAGUCAGUAGCUUAGGCAAGUCGAAAGAGGGACACAUAUGUUUGUACUGCGGCAAAUGUUAUUCAAGAAAGUACGGCCUUAAAAUUCACAUUAGAACGCAUACGGGGUACAAACCGUUGAAAUGCAAAUUUUGCAUGCGGCCUUUUGGAGAUCCCAGUAAUUUAAACAAGCACGUUCGACUUCACGCGGAGGGAGAUACACCGUACAAGUGCGAUUUGUGUGGAAAAAUCCUUGUAAGAAGAAGAGAUCUCGAAAGGCAUUUAAAAUCGCGACAUAUGAGCGAAAUUCAUCCUGGAAGAGGAAUUCCUGAAGAACGUCUUAUAAGCGAGUCUGAAACAGAUGUUGAAGAUGUAAAUGUUGAUAGAUGAGUUUUACUUAAAUAUUUUAAA